AUGGUACGUAACGAUUGGCUGUCGUCGAGCUGGCACCCAAGUGCUCACCUGAGCGCAGCACUAAACACGCGAGAGUAUGCUGGCAACCUGGAAGGCUUGUACCGUUGCUUCGCACUGCUAGGUUCGAGCGAUGACGAAGCAAGCUUGAACAGCUUCUCCUGGGAGAAUGGACAUGAAGGCAGCGGUGUCACGGUCCAUGACCCAAUCAAAGCAGAGCCGGCUUGGAGACGUACCCAGAUGUACAUUCAGCUCGCCCAUGCCAAGCACGUGGUCGGUCCCGAGAUUCUCGAAGAGGCUAGCGGCAUCGCAGAGGGCGUAUGA